GUUCACUUUCAUUCACACUUUCAACAUUUGAGAGAGAUAUCCACAAGUGAUUCUCCAAACGUUUUCUCAAUUAUACAACCUCAAACUCUACAAAGCUGGAUUUCAUCGAAUGCCCUUUUAUGCCUCAAGAAGAAGUACAGCUGAGUAAACUUUGAAGUUGUGAGAUUGAGAUAUCUCUAGGCUACCAAGCCAAACAUACAUUUGUACAAACUACCCAACUGGGUCCUGGAAUUGAACACAAGCUACUAUCACGAGCCGUAGUCGGCAAAGUUUUGUCUUCAAAAUCUGUUCUUUAAGAUUGCUCGCAAUCAAUCGUUCAGAGGCACAGUGCCAGAGGCAGUUGUUCAAGCGAUCGUAAUUUUGUGGUGGGAUAUAUUAUUGCGACUCAAGACACUCAUUAGGUGGAUUACAUCGAAGAGACCUCAAGAUAUCUCAAGAUGGAGAGCACAUCUGAAAUGGGUGUGGUUCAGAAUGACUUUGGUAGAAUCGGAGUACAAUGACCAGGACUCACUUGGCUUCCAAGAUGAUUAUUCAUUAUGGGGCUCUUUCUCUAUGGAAGAGAAUAACCUCCAGGAUAACUCACUGGGCGAUUAUUCUGUUUGGAACGAAACGGGAAAUCUCGAUGAUCUUUACAACAGCGGUCCAAGAUGUCCUGACGACUAUGUCGAACCACCCGUACCCAAGAGAAGAAAGUUCAAUUCAGACUCAACUACUAAGUCCCCAUCUUCUGAAUCAGCUACUGAAGGAGUAGCCAGUCCAAUCACUGAGUCCUUGUCCGUUUUCUCUCAACAAGCCAUGCCAACUGUAAAGACAACAGAGUCAACCUCAACGUCAAAUCCCCCUAAGGCCACAAGUGAGGUAUUUCAGCGAGCAAUUGGACAAGAAUCACUGCUUUCUCAAGUACCACCAUCUGGAUUGCAAGAUUCUUCUAACAAGGACGACCCCGCCACAUCAUCCAACGGUCAAGACACAGAUAUCCAAAAGGUACCGGUCACCAACUCGGCCCACCCUUCUAGCAAUCACAGCAAUCACUUUUCACAGUCAUUCACAAGCAUAAGUGCCACCGCACCAGAAGUUGUUCAAAGCCCUUCUGCAACUCAUAUAAUGUCUAUUCCGGAAUCUCACCAAAUAGUUCAGCAGCAACCUUGUGAAGUUCCUGGCAUUCCGCUAGGACCCACCUUUAUACAAAGCCCACAAAGAUCACAAAUGCGAGUUGCAUCGAAUAGUUAUGAUCAUCAAGUUUCCCCAAAUCAACCGCGCCCUCAGAGAAGACCAUUUGCUGCAUUUCCUCCACAAAAUCUUGGGUUUACGCCAUUUCGACGUUCGUUUAAUCAACAAGCUACAUCUGGCCCACAAGACUCAAUUCAAGCUCCACGACAACCUACGGAGCAAGCUACAAGCCUCUUUCUACCAUCUAGGCCAACAAGCUCCGGUACCACUGCCCAGAAUUCUUCGCCACAAAGUUUAGAUAGGAGCUCUAUUCCACCUCAGCUUAGGGAAGUUAUGGAAAAGUUUGAAAACAAGGUUAGGAUGGACUCUGAUCUCAGAAAGGCUUUUAACAUUGUUUUUCCCUCACGAAGUAUAGAAGUUGAAGAAUUGAAGCAAAAGAUUAUCAACGAAAGGCAACAAGCCUCUCUCAGAGAAAGCGCUUUAAAAAAUAUGCUCACUGAGCUUCAAGAUAAUGCCACCGCUCAAGAAGCCUUGCAAACCAGAGCAAUGGGUCUUCUCACACAACUAAGAGCAAAUCCUCAACACGAUCGAUCGUGGGUGUGUAGGAAUUUCAACAAGGAACAUGGCCUACCCUGUAACAAUAUCCAGAAGGAAUUCUAUCUGACCAAAAAAGUUUGGAAAAGACGCGAAAGAUGCUCUAAAUGCAAAGCCAAGGUUCAUGAACUAAAUCGACAAUAUCUUAAUGAUGAUACAGCUGUUGCAUCAUGGAACUUUGAACAACUCGGCCCUUUCGGUCCAGCUUUCCCCGCCCCGCCAGAAUUUCAACGUCCUGGGCCUAUGGUUCAUACAGCGAAUAUGGCCAACAAGACAGAAAAAGCUCCAAUAGUCGGGGCUAAUUCUGGCCGUCGUCAGUCACUGCCUGCUCUUCCUGUUGAUAAUAAAGAUCUUCAACAAAAUGCGGAAUCCAGAUGGGCUUCAUUGCCACCACCUACCAAAAAGACUCGAGAUCAUACACCUUUGAAUUAUUCUAAGGCAACUCAAAAUGCACUGAGAGCGGCACUUGGAACACAACCCAAGGCAUGGAUGCAACCACCAAAGCAUAUUGAGACAAUUGUUUUGGAUGAUGAAAGUGAUCAGGAUGAAGAGAUAGAUCAAUUACAAGAAAGCUCUGAAGGGAAACCAGCAGUUGAGGGAGAAACUGGCUUAGAAAAUAAUAUGGAUGAUGGUUUUGAUGCUGAGUUCGAUGCUGAGUUUGAAGCAGAGUUGGAAGCUGACCUCACUACUGCUUUCGAGACGGAACUUGCAUAGGAGGUACGAAAUAUUCGGCUUACAACCACCACGCUUGACGGAUCUGCAAUUUGCACUUAUAAGCAUGGUAUUCAUCUAGUUUUUUUUUUUUUGGCACCGUUGGGUCACCACGUUUGACUUGUAUAGCCACCCAAGAACCAGCUUUGUCAUUUUGCCUUCCUUGAUCCUUAACAUCAAGAUGCACGACGAAGAGGAGCCUUUGGCAAGUGUUAGUCAUGAGCUUUAUGGCAUUUCUUUCGACGAAUCCUUUCACGGAAAGAAUCAAAUUAUAAGCUGUACCUCCUUCUACUUGAGCAUGGGUUGUUAUAUGGCGUGUUGGGGAAGGAAUCACGGCGAUGAAAUUGGCAUUUGUUUCUUCAUUCUUGUAUCUUUUGCGUUCUCACAAUGUAUUGAAAGCCGCGAAAUCCAUUAGAGGACGGCUCUUCUUUGGAGGGGAAUACCAUGCUAUGAUUUAAGUUUUCUUUCAGUGUACAUUCUCAUUAUAUCAAGGAAGAUGCGAUACGUCAUGAUACCAUUAUGGAUAUGGAGUACUUUGCAGAUAUUUAUUACACAGCGCGCAGUGAGCAUUAUAUUGGUUGUGCGGUGGGUUUCGAUUCUAUCUUGAGUUUGAAGGAUACGGCGAAACACUUGAAAAAGCAGAAUCAAAAUGGAUAGAGGAA